AUGCGUUGCGCCUUCCUGCUGCUCGUGCUCGCCACCGUAAGCUGGGCGGCUGUCUGUCGACACGACGGUGAAUGCGAUAAACGUCUGAAACGUGACAUCUUCAAAAAGCGCACAGACGAUUUUGUCGACGAUGAACCGAUUCUUAAACGCCAAGGUCGCCAGGUUGAGCAGGAUUCAGAGCUGAUUCGCAAUCUCAAGCGACCCGGCUGGUGCCAGUACGAUUCGGAUUGUGGCUUCGACUGGAAGUGCAUCAAGAAGCGUUGCCAUUAUAUGCCACCGAAGGGGAAA